AUGGCAUCCGCAGCCCGUGCCCUCACAAGAGCUUUUGCUCGCUCUACUCCUGCUACAUCCUCGGUCAAAUCCUCUGUAACACGGAGCUCAGUUCGGUUCAGCACACCUAACUAUGCCUUCCGCGCCUCGUCCCGUAGAGGUUACUCCUCGAGCACUGAGGGAGGAAAGUCCUCCUCCGGCAUGAUCUGGGGUAUUGCAGCAGUUGCUGUUGGCGGUGCUGGUGCUUAUUACUACUUAACCGGCGACCACUUGUCCUCAUCAGCCAAAACUACCGUUAUUACCAAUCCAACCAAACAAGAUUAUCAGAAGGUGUACGAUGAAAUCGCAAGGCUGCUUAUUGAAAAGGACGAAUAUGACGAUGGCAGCUAUGGCCCUGUUCUCGUUCGAUUGGCCUGGCACGCUAGCGGUACCUAUGACACCGAAACAAAGACGGGAGGAAGCAAUGGUGCAACAAUGCGCUUUGCGCCAGAGUCUGACCACGGUGCCAAUGCUGGGUUGAAGGUUGCUAGAGACUUUCUCGAGCCAGUGAAGGAGAAGUUCCCCUGGAUCACCUACUCUGAUCUUUGGACACUGGCUGGCUCUUGCGCUAUCCAAGAGUUGGGUGGCCCCACCAUCCCAUGGCGCCCUGGCCGCAACGAUGCCGACUUGACUGCCUGCACCCCAGAUGGUCGUCUCCCAGAUGCCUCCAAAGAACAGAGCCACAUCAGAGCCAUCUUUGGACGCAUGGGCUUCGAUGACCGCGAGAUGGUUGCUCUUUCUGGAGCCCAUGCCCUCGGCCGAGCUCACACCGAUCGUUCCGGUUAUGACGGACCCUGGGACUUCAGCCCUACUGUUUUCACCAAUGAUUUCUUCAAGUUGCUUGCAAACGAGAAGUGGGUUCAGAAAAAGUGGAAUGGUCCUAAGCAGUUCACGGAUAACACCACUAAGACUUUGAUGAUGCUUCCAACCGACAUUGCUCUGAUCAAGGACAAGGAGUUCAAGAAGCAUGUUGACCGAUAUGCUAAGGACAGUGAUGUUUUUUUCAAGGAGUUCUCGGACGUUUUCGUCAAGCUCCUUGAGCUUGGAGUGCCAUUCAAGUCCAAGCCGGAAGAUCGCUAUGUUUUCAAGACUAGCGAUUAA